GGCUUUUGACUCUCAACACGCACGCGGACGUCGCUCUCAGCUGCCAUCGACGUGAACAAUGGCCAGUGCGAGCGCCGUUGCCCCAGUCAUCGCAGGCAGUAUUCCUGUCCCGGGAGCACCCAUCGUCGGUCGCCGACGAAUGCCCGGAGGUGGGAAUGCCGCAGCUUCAGUCAACGAUGGAGCACCUAUAUUGCACCCAGGCAAGCUGCCGCCCCGGCUACCGUGGCCAGACAUUGGGCACCUCGCCAAGUGGUCGGUUUCUUCGUUCAAGUUCGGCUUCGGGGCAGAAUGUCUGACAGAUGAGGACCCCGAUACUUUCUGGCACUCCGAUGGACCACAACCACAUUUCAUCACGGUCGAGUUCCCUCGCAAGGUGUCCAUUCAGAAGUUGUCCAUGUACCUGAGCUUCCCGAUGGAUGACUCUUAUACCCCUGCGACGAUCGCUGUGCGGGCAGGAACUGGUCCCGUCGACUUACAAGAUGUUCGGAUUCUGCAGGUGGAGAAGCCGGAUGGGUGGAUUACGUUCGACGUCUGCAUGGAGCCAAACGAGGAUGGAGACGGAUUCAAACACAUUGAAGCCUACAUCCUCCAAGUGAUCAUUCUUACCAACCACAUGAAUGGAAAAGACACGCAUGUGCGUGGUUUGAAGGUCCUUGGCCCUGUCGAGGCAAAAUUGCAAGUGUAUGAAGAGCCUUUUCCUUUUGUCUCGCCUCAAUUCAAGAUGUACGAGUGCAUUCGUUGAGUAGGACUUGAUGAAGUGUAUAAUAGUCGCAGUAGAUACAAAGGCAGCUGUGUCAUAUCUGGAGCGAUUUACGC